CGAGAGGCGCAACCUGAGCCAAACACCUGCCAGCCCAAUUGAAAACCCAAGUGCGGAACCGCAGCAUCCACCGCACAGAUCCAGAUGGCUUCGUUGGCCGGUCUCUCUUCUGCCACCGCCGCUUCGUCCCCCUCCUCCUCCCUUCCUCUCCGCAGCCCAAUCCCUUGCGAAGCCACGACAAGACGGCGGCACCUUCUUCUCCCUAGUCGCUGCAAUCGCUUCCGACGCGCUGUCGCCUCGCUUCCGGACCCCAAUGAGAGAACCAACCCGGAGUACACGCCGUGGCUAAUCGCCGGUCUCGGAAACCCCGGAAACAAGUACCACGGAACCAGGCACAACGUGGGAUUUGAGAUGAUUGAUCAUAUUUCUCGAGCUGAAGGCAUUACCUUAAACAGCAUCCAAUCCAAGGCAUUGAUAGGAAUUGGUUCCAUCGGGGAAGUGCCAAUUCUCUUGGUGAAGCCACAAUCCUACAUGAACUACAGCGGAGAAUCGGUAGGGCCACUUGCUGCAUAUUAUCAAGUGCCAUUACGGCAUAUUUUACUUAUGUAUGACGAAAUGAGUUUGCCCAAUGGUGUUUUGAGGGUUCAGCGAAAAGGCGGGCAUGGGCAUCACAAUGGUGUAAAGAGUGUAAUUCAUCAUUUAGAUGAUUGCCGAGACUUCCCUCGACUAUGCAUUGGUAUUGGCAAUCCACCUGGAGCUAUGGAUAUGAGAGCUUUUCUACUACAGAAAUUCAGUAACGAGGAGCGCAUACAGAUGGAUUCUGCUCUGGAGCAAGGGGUGGAUGCUGUAAGGACUCUUGUAUUCAAAGGUUUCAGUGAAAACCUCCAUCGAUUCAACUUGGUGCAGAAAUACAAGUACCACAAAGUUUGAGAAUAUUCAAGUGCAAAUACAUAAAUUGCAGAAAGGGUUGAUGCAAAGCUGAGAUUUAAUGUUUGAUAAUCUUUCCCCCAGAAAAAAGGGGAUAGAGAAAUGCAUUGGGGGUGAAGGACUGGGCUCAAAUUAUUAUACAUGCAAGGGCAAAGUCAUCUUGUAUUCUUUGUUCUGUAAUCUUAAUUUUACUUUCUAGAACGAUCAUUGUUAUUUACCUUUGCUUGUAAUUGACUGCCUUGGAAAUACAAAACAUCAGUUAAAAAAUUAUUUUA